CCUUCAACUUUUCAUGAAUGAUUUACAUGCUGAAAAUUGUCUUACAGCCUGAUGAACAUUGUGGGAUGUAAAGUGUUCUCAGGAUGUGACAAUUUACGAGAUAAAUUUAGUUUGUAAAUUUGGCUAAAUAUGGAUUACAUUUAGGAAAUUUUGAGAGUUGUGACAUGGGUAUUGAUUUUUGUAUUGAGUUUAACAAAAUGGAGUUAAAAUAGUGACAAACAUGUAGGUGUUGAGUUGUGUAUUGGGUUUUAAUAUAACAAAUAGUGACUAAGUGUUGAGUUAUGUCUGGAGUUUAAAUGCAUUUCAAAAGCAUUAGAAUGUUGGAUACAGAUAUAACAGAAAAUAGUGAUAUCUGCCGGGUGUGUCGAUGUGAAGGUUUCACUUGUUUGUUUCAGAUAUCUGCCGGGUGUGUCGAUGUGAGGCCACACCUGACAAGCCUCUCUACCACCCCUGUGUGUGUACCGGCAGUAUCAAGUUCAUACAUCAGGACUGCCUUGUUCAAUGGUUGAAGUACAGCAGAAAGGAGUUCUGUGAACUCUGCAAACAUCGGUUUGCUUUUACACCAAUCUACUCGCCUGAUAUGCCCAAGAGGCUUCCGAUCAAGGACAUCCUUAGUGGGCUACUGGCCAGUGUGGGCAAGGCAGUCCGCUACUGGUUCCACUAUACACUGGUCACCUUUGCCUGGCUGGGAGUCGUACCUCUAACUGCAUGUCGGAUCUAUCGCUGCCUCUUCACCGGCUCUGUGAGCUCCCUGCUGACCCUGCCUCUAGACAUGCUCUCCACUGAGAACUUAGCGUCAGACUGUUUCCACGGGUGUUUUGUUGUGGCUUGCACCCUGUGUGCUUUCAUAAGCCUGGUGUGGCUCCGAGAGCAGAUCCUGCAUGGCGGAGGGCCUGACUGGCUGGAGCAGGAUGUACCCGGGGCGCAGGCCAGAGGGAACCUUCUUGAUGUGGGUGUGGUCAACAACCUAGUGGGGCUGGGAGGGGGCGGUGUCAGGGAUGCUGCAGCAGCCAAUCAGAAUGCAGACAACGACAUGGUGGCCAACCAGGAUGAGGAUGACGCGGACAAUGAUGGGGGUGAAAACGGAAACAACGGUGCCCAGGACGACAACAAUUGGAACCCAAUAGAGUGGGACAGGGCCGCAGAGGAAUUGACCUGGGAACGCUUGCUGGGACUGGACGGCUCCCUUGUCUUCCUGGAACAUGUAUUCUGGGUGGUAUCUCUCAACACUCUCUUCAUUCUGGUGUUUGCUUUCUGCCCAUACCACAUUGGACACUUCACAAUGCUGGGAUUAAAACUGGAAGAAUGGGUAACAUCAGCCCACUUUGAGGGCCUGUUCACAACACUGAUUGGUUACGUGGUCAUUGCAUUCUCGCUGGUGUUCCUCUAUGCAAUGUGCUCACUAGUGCGCCUCAAGAGGUUUCGGCGUGUGUUGGGACUGUGCUAUGUGGUUGUCAAGGUGAAGCUUCUGGUCGUUGUGGAGCUGGGGGUGUUCCCGCUCAUCUGUGGAUGGUGGCUUGACAUCUGCUCUCUUUCAAUGUUUGACGCGACCCUGAAGGACCGCAAGACCAGUUUCCACGUGGCCCCUGGGACUUCCAUGUUCAUUCACUGGCUGGUGGGAAUGGUGUACGUGUUCUACUUCGCCUCCUUCAUCCUGCUAUUACGAGAGGUGCUGCGUCCUGGCGUGCUCUGGUUCCUGAGGAAUCUCAACGACCCCGAGUUCAACCCAAUCCAGGAGAUGAUCCACCUGCCAGUGUACAGACACACGCGGAGGUUCAUUGCCUCGGUGAUUAUAUUUGGGAGCACAGUGAUGCUGAUGCUAUGGUUACCUGUGAGGGUGAUCAGAAAAGUGGUGCCGGGAUUCCUGCCCUACAAUGUCAUGUUGUCAAGCGAGGCGCCAGUCAGUGAGCUGUCCCUGGAGCUGCUCCUGCUGCAGGUUGUGCUGCCUGCCCUUCUGGAGCAGGGGCACACGCGCAUGUGGCUCAAGGGGGUUGUUAGGGGCUGGACCAUCGCUGUGGCCUGGGCCCUCGACCUGCGGUCCUAUCUCAUAGGGGAUGUGGCCCUCAGUGAGCAGGACCAUGUAAUCCAGGGAGACCAGGCCCAGGCUCCACCCCCACAGCAGCCACCUGCCAACGAGGCGGUCCCAGACCCUAACCCAGCCCCUCAGGUGGCACCUGACCUGGUCCCUGAGCCUGCUGCAGCAGUAGAGGCUGCACCUGUAGACCUGGACCUUGCCCCUCCCCUUGAACAUGCCCCUGGUCCUCUACAAGCCCUGCCCCCAGUUGAUGCCCCAGUCCCACCUGCCUCAUUACAGGCCCCUCCCCAGCCCCAGAUUCUGGCACCUCCAGUAAUACAGGUCCCUCCCCAAGUACAAGCUGCUGCUCUCCCUGGCCAGGCAGCUAUUCCCCAAGUUCAAGCCCAGCCAGCUAUUCCCCCAGUUCAAGCCCCUAUUGCCCCAGUUCAAGCCCCAAUCCCCCCAGGUCUUGUCCUUAUUCCCCCUGUUCAAGCCCCAGCCCGCCAAGCCCCUAUGGGUCUAGGGGACGCCCACCAGGCAAUGCUCCAGGGCGGGGGAGCGGUAGGAUUCCAGUCAUACAAGAGACCGCCCUUCUUCUUCUGCAGAAUAGCUGUCCUAGUUGUGUUGAUGUGUGCCACGUUGUUUGCUACCAGUGUGGUGUGUCUCAUCCUGCCAGUUUUUUUCGGUCGCAAGCUGAUGUCUCUCUGGAUGGGGGAGGCGAAGAUUCACGAGCUGUACACAGCAGCUUGUGGGCUCUACGUGUGCUGGCUCCUGCUACGUAUUGGCACUGUCCUCUACAACUGGAUACCACAGGGCACCGCAGCCAUACUCAACAAGCUCAAGGAGUGGCUAAUACUGGCCCUCAAGUCCCUGUUUGUGUCUCUGAUACUGAUGGGGGUUGUCCCCCUGCUACUGGGGCUGCUGUUUGAGUUGGUUGUUGUGGCCCCUUUAAGGGUCUCCCUUGAUCAGACCCCUGUCUUCUUUCCGUGGCAGGACUGGGCGCUAGGUGUGCUUCAUGCGAAGAUCAUCUGUGCUGUCACCAUGAUGGGGCCUCAGUGGUGGCUCAAACGAGUUAUAGAACAGGUGUACAACGACGGAAUCCGAAACAUGAAUCUCAAGUUCAUCCUAUUCAAGCUCUGCUUUCCUGUCAUUGCGGUUCUCGGCAUGUCUCUUUCAGUCCCAUACUGUAUAGCGGGAACCAUCGUGCCAGCUCUAGGUUUUGACUUUGCCACACAGAAUUUCGUACUUCGUAGAAUCUACCCAUUCUUGUUGGCCUGUGUGGUGUUUGUGUUUGUAUGUGUGUUCCAGGCAAGACAAUUCAAACGUCUAUAUGAGCACAUAAAAAAUGAUAAAUACUUAGUUGGUCAAAGACUUGUAAAUUAUGAUCCAAAGAGAGUGAAACGACCGUCAACAGAGCCUAUGACCGCAAAGUCUUGAAAACGGCUAUUUUAUAGUGUUGUGAAAGCACUUGGUAACUGUGUAAAAUAUGUAUUACUGUUAAGAUCAAAGACUGAUGUCUGGAUUUGGAAUCGGCCUUUUUAUUGCACCAUCUAGUCAUUCUUAGCUAUCAAACUGCCUCCAAAUUGGUUUCAUCACCUUCAGACGCUGCAUCAAUUGCGAUGUUCUUCAACUAAAGGAGAGGAAUACAUGACUGUUUCAGUUCUCCAUUUGAAGUAAAAUGUAUUUUGUGUCAUGGGUUCAUGUGCUUCUCACCAAGGCGACUUUGGUUGAAUCCCAGCUCCUGGGGCAUGUGCGAUAAGUUUUAAGUCCCAAUACCAGACAGGUGUGAUUUCCCCCCACAGCACAAGAACUCACAUAAAUUGAAUAUCUUUCAGUACAAAACCACAUAGCUGGAAAUUGCUGCUGUAAUUCAAAAAUUUGCCACAACUUUCUUGUGUCUAGUAAAGUAAAUUAGGUAUGAGUGCUGGCACAGACCCUGCACAGUCUAAUCUGGGAAGACACUUAAGGCACAUGCAUUAAACCCAGUUUUCUCAGAACGCGGCUCAUAUUAUCUUUACCUCCAAGGGUAUUUUGGUGAGUUAUAUGCCCUUCAGAUUUCUUAUUUCAGUUUGCUGUUGUUGUUUUUUUACGGCGGGGAUGGUAUCUUAGCUAAGAUUUGUUGAAGAUUAAAUCCAGUAUUUCAUUAAUCAGAGAAAAAAAAUAUCAUAUGUCUUUCUCAUGUCAAUGUUUGAAUGAGUAAAAAUAAAUAGGAUCUUAUUAUCUCUAUAAUAUAUAUUUUUAUUGUGCUUAUGUUUUUUGCAUUAAACUUUUACUUUAUCAUAGUUUAUUGGCACUGUCUUCAACAAUAAAAAUUGCUUAUUUGUGUACAAGGCAUUUGCUCUUUAUCCCCAUUUUAAUAAUGUAUGGACUUUAAACUUCAAAAUAUGUGUGUAUGUAUAUAAAUAUGUAAAUAAAUAAUAAAUAAACUUAUUUGUAUUUAUCACUAACAUAGUAUUCUCUAUUUCAUAAGUAGUAUCACCAAUAAUGGAAGUGUUGACAUUCCAAUGGAUAUAUGUGUGCAAUUAUGUUUUUUUAGCUCACCUAAGCGCUACAUGCUCAUGGUGAGCUUUUGCGACGCCUUUUGUCUGUCGUGCGUCGUCCAUUGUGAGACGUCAACAUUUGCCUUGUUCACUCUCUAGAGGCCACAUUUAUUGUCCAAUCUUCAUGAAAUUUGGUCAGAAGAUUGGUUUCAAUGAUAUCUUGGAUUAGUUCGAAAAUGGUUACGUUUGCUUGAAAAACAUGGCUGCCAAGGGGCGGGCCAUUUUUCCUUAUAUGGCUAUAUAUGACUUUAGCAAAAUCUUGUUAACACUCUAGAGGCCACAUUUAUUGUCCGAUGCUCAUGAAACUUGGUCAGAAGAUUCAUCCCAAUGAUUUCUUGGAAGAGUUCGAAAAUGAUGUCGGUUGGUUGAAAAACAUGGCUGCCAGGGGAAGGGGCAUUUUUCCUUAUAUGGCUUUAUAAAAACCUUGUUAGUGCUUUAUACAGGCAUUUGCCUCAUACUGAACACAAACUGUUGACCAAGUUUAGACAUGAUUGUGUAUAAUUGUUUGUGUAACACCUGAAUCAGUUAUCACUGUAGUGCAGCUUCUGUAAUUAAUGGUGCCAUUUCAUGCUGAGAAUCUAGCAGUACUUUGGAGAUCAAAGGCAAACUCCUAUGACUGACCAGUAACUUGAUACUCUCUUUGGCUCAGUCUGGUACAUGGUAAUGUAAGGCCCAAGCUGGUUAUUGCAUCAAAGACUUUUGAUGCCUGGUCUUUGAUUUCUGAGAAGUUAUCAUUUUGAGGCAGAGCUCUAUUGAUAAGGUGUGAAUGAAAGAUUUGUGUAUUAAACAGGAUAUGUUGAUUUUUUUACUAUAAUGAUUGAUGAAAAGUGAAUUUGGAUGUGAUUUUGAAAAAAUUGUGUUUUAAACAGGAUUUAUUUUUUUACUUUAUUGAUGAGGCGUUAUUUUUAGCUCACCUGAGCACAACAUGCUCAUGGUGAGCUUUUGUGAUCGUUUUUUGUCCGCCGUGCGUUGUCCGUUGUGCGGCGUCAACAUUUGCCUUGUUAACUCUCAAGAGGCCACUUUUAUUGUCCAAUCAUUAUGAAAUUUGGUGAGCAGAUUGGUUUCAAUGAUAUCUUCGAUGAGUUCGAAAAUAGUUACAUUUGCUUGAAAAACAUGGCUGCCAAGGGGCGGGGCAUUUUUCCUUAUAUGGCUAUAGUAAAAUCUUCUUAACACUCUAGAGGCCACAUUUAUUUCUGUUCAUCAUAAAACUUGGUCAGAAGAUUCAUCCCAAAAAUAUCUUGGACGAGUUCGAAAAUGAUGCCGGUUGGUUGAAAAACAUGGCUGCCAGGGGCAUUUUUCCUUAUAUGACUAUAGUGAAACCUUGUUAACACUCUAGAGGCCACAUUUAUUUUCCGAUCUUUAUGAAACUUGCUCAGAAGAUUUGUGCCACUGAUAUCUUGGAUGAGUUAAAAAAUGGUAACCUUUGCUUGAAAAACAUGGCUGCCAAGUGAUGGGGCAUUUUUCCUAAUAUGGCUAUAUAUAUGGCUAUAGUAAAAUCUUGUUAACAUUCUAGAGGCCACAUUUAUUGUCCUAUCUUCAUGAAACUUGGUCAGAAGAUUCAUACCAAUUAUAUCUUGGACGAGUUCAAAAAUGAUGUCGGUUGGUUGAAAAACAUGGCCACCACGUGGGCGGGGCUAUUUUCCUUAUAUGGCUAUAUAAAAACCUUGUUAACACUCUAGAGGUCACAUUUAUUUUCUGAUUGGUCAGAAGAUUUGUUCCAAUGAUAUCUUGGAUGAGUUUGAAAAUGGUUUUGGUUGCUUUAAAAACAUGGCCACCAGGGGUGGGGCAAUUUUCCUUAUAUAGCUUUACAUGUAUAUGGCCAUAGUAAAACCUUGUUAACACUCUAGAGGCCACAUUUAUUGUCCAAUCUUCAUGAAAUUUGAUCAGAAGAUUGGUCUUAAUGAUAUUUUGGAUGAGUUUGAGAAAUAAAUGGCUUCCAAGGGGGGGGGGGGCAUAUUUCCUUAUAUGGCUAUAGUAAAAUCUUGUUAACACUCUAGAGGCCACAUUUACUGUCCGAUCUUCAUGAAACUUGGUCAGAAGAUCCAUCCCGAUAAUAUCUUGAACGAGUUCAAAAAUGAUGCCGGUUGGUUGAAAAACAUGGCUGCCAGGGGGCGGGGCAUUUUCCUUAUAUGGCUAUAGUAAAACCUUGUUAAUACUCUAAAGGCCACAUUUAUUUUCCGAUCUUUGUGAAACUUGGUCAGAAGAUUUGUCCCAAUAAUAUCUUGUUAUCUCAGGUGAGCGACUUUGGGCCUUUCAGGCCCUCUUGUUUGUUUUUUUACAGAUAGUAGGCACAAUAAUUGUCAAAAAUGCAAUAAAAGGAAAUUAAAAACUGUAUAUAAAUGUUUUUUUGUUUUUAAAAAGAAUAAUAUCUCAAGGUUUUUUAAUUGGGCUUUACUUCUAAUUUUGAUAUUUUCUGUCAGUCUUUGUAAAAUGACAGGAUGUACUUUGUCAAGGCAUGACAGUGUAUUUAUUAUAUUAGCUGCACUGUGGGAAAAUCAGGCUUAAUGCAUGUGUGUAAAAGUACCUCCCAGGCAAGCCUUUGCAGACUGCACUGGCUAUUCAGGGAUGGCACUUUCAUAUUAAAAAGAUACAUCCUUUUAUGCCAUCCUAUAUGAGGAAAUUAUGGACUUUUAAGGAAUCUGUUGUUUAAAGAAAGUCUCUUCAUAACAAAUAUCAGGACGAUACUUAAUCCACAUGCAUUAAGCCUGCUUUUGUCAGAUACCCAGAUUAUAUAAAGCAACUCUGGCAAACACACUCUUGAUUGAAUUCCUGCAUGCACCAAAACUCCAAAUUGAGGUUUAUUGGCUGAUUAACGAUGAUUAAUCAAACAUUAUUUUAUUUAAAAUAGAUAUACUUACCUUUGUGUGUCAUGUAAGAGUCAUGUGAUACAUUUAUGAAAUAUAUCCCGCGUUAUUAGAAAAUGCGUUAUGUGCCAUAAUUAUUCUGCUGGCCUAGCUCCAGACAAGCCUGUCCAUUUUUGAGACCAUGGAACCUUAUGUGACUUUUUAGCAUACCACCGCAUUGAUAUCUGCCUGAUAUUACAUUGCCUGAUAUUUUUUUUUAUAUCAUGGUCAACAGGAAGUUCUUAUACCAGUCUAUGUUUGGAUUGGCAAUAAAGUCAACUAUUUCUAUUAACAUGAAUCAGGUUCAACAACACAAACAAUUUGAUAACAAGAACGUACACAUUUUAAUAUAGUUUAAGGUCAUAAAUCACAAAAACGCCUCGCCGUUAUAUUAUUCUAAGCCUCACCUGAUAUAUUACAAAACGAUGGGACAGUAACCUGUUAUUCUCUAUAUAGCGGACAGGUAGUUCGUGGCCUGGUCUGAAGUUAUGCUUGCCUCAUAUGGCACAACACCGAUAAUAAGAUGCACAAUGUGGCUCAUAUGUAAGCGUAUUAUUGUAUUUGUUUAUUUUCUUGUUGCACAAGAAAAUGCAUUCGAUAUAUAUAUUUGAAUGCUUGAUGUUGUGGAAUAUUUGUAAGUGAUUGCUAUUGCUUAUUGAACACAGAUAUAUUUAACAGCUACGUGUAUGAUACAAUCAAAUUAAUAGGCUCUUACACAUACAUAAUAUCGUAGAUUAAAGAGAAUACAAUUGAAAAUUAUUUUCUGCAUAAAUAAGGCUCACAACUUCAUAAACUCUAUAUUAAGUUUAAUGCAACUGUAAUGUGUUAUAUUUAGGACAAUUUUUUAGACACAUAUAAACCAGGGGAUUAAAAAUGAUAAAUAAAUGUACAGGCAAUAAAUGCUUGCAAGCAAUCCAAAAUUAAAAUUUCCUGUAUUCAGUGAAUGGAAUAUUCUGUUGUGGAUUCAAUUGAUUAUCUCUACUGUUACAUACAGUUUUUACAAUAAGAUAGUAUGACAUGUGCUAUUAAACAUUAUUUUACUAUGUUGGAUAUGCCAUUGUUCAUUUGUUUGGUACUUGUCUUCAUUAAACAUAUGUAUAAUGAUUACUUUGCAACAUUUGGAAGUAUCAAAUGUUAAUUGAUUGUAUAUUGUAUUUAACUUAAUGGGUUGAUUUCAUUUGUGUUAAUGCAAUGUGCUAUUGUAUCUCAUUCAUAACUGUUUAUGUUGUUGAAACAUUAUGUUGUCCUACCAACAUUGCAAAUACCCAAGAAUUUCAUUAAUACGACUCAUAACUUAUUAUUGUGCGACUAUUUCAUUCAUUAGAUUUGUAACAUGUUUUAAUGAUGCAUGUGUGGUUGCACUGACAUACCAAUUAAUAAAGUGAUCUUGAAACCA